CGCGUUCAUCAUCUCGCUUAGACAAGCUUGAGCAAAAGAACACAAAAGUCACUUUCUACCUCAAGUAAAAAGUUUCUCACCUCAAUUACUACCUCAAAAUGUCUGUGGCAGCCCCUCCCCAAGGCUUAGGCAGCAAUUUCAACUACUUCCUCGCCGAUGGAGGUAACGCCAUUACUGGCCUCAAUGUUGAGAUUACUUUCGCCGAGCCCCUCAUCUCGGCCUCUAACGGCUUUGGCUUUCAACUGAACGGUUAUGCCCAGGAGCUUGCUGGUGCCCCCAAAACCACUCCCAACUGGCAGCAAUAUGUAGUCUUCUCGCAACCCGGUGACCGCACUCUUUACGGAAUCAUCGACAACUGGUCGGGAACCGUUCCUGCCGGCACGUAUGCCCAGAUCAUCAACGACGAGUCCAAGAUUACCACCCUGUCCAAGGCCAACCAGAUCCCCGCCGGUGCUACUAUCAACAUUGCUCCCAUCUUCAACUCCAAUAACGUCAUCACCGGUGUUACUUACAUCUACACUCCUCCUGGUGGCCAGGCUGCUUCUACAUCCGUAACUCUGACCGACCUUGAUAUCUACGGCACUAGCAAGAGGAUCACUUCCGCAUAUGAAUCACCGAUCUCCGCAUUGACUCUCAACAUCGUGGGCGACUACAACGGAAACGACGGCGUCUUCACCUCCGGCUCUGGUACCAUCGUCUACACUGCUGCUCAACCUCUGACUGUUCUGACCACCGAGCCGAGCUACACUGCGUUCCAGGAUGGUACUGGCGAGACGGCCAACACAGUCUAUGGCAAACUACCUGUGUCAGGCAGCACUACGAUUACUCAGACUUGGAGCAUUUCGGCAGACGGAUCGCCACGUGUCGGACCAGCCAUUGGCCACAAGUUGCCAAUUCCACCCAGUGGCAGGAAGAAUUCACGCAAGUAAACAAGUAAAGUUUAAAAGAAAAAAUAGUUACUAUUGAAAAGAGAAAAGGAAUGUCUGGGAGGAACAUUACGAUAGUUGGAGGGUUAGCAUGUUAAUGUAAAUGAAAAAGCAUUAAUGCGC